AUGCCUCCCACGAAACGACCGCCCCAAAACCAAAGGCAACGGCCUUUCAAGGUCCCUCGUCGCCAGACAUCCCCCGAAGCUGGACCCUCCAAUUCAUCGAAACCUAAACCCAAACCCAAGACGACCACGAAAUCCCCCAAGAAUGCCACCGCCUCGUCCUCUAAAUCCAAACCCGCCUCAUCCUCCCGCAAGAAUAACUCGCGCGCAGACUCUAAAAGUCCCACCCCGUACGACGACGACGCAGAUGCCGCCGCUGCAGCCGCCGCCGCCGCCGCGACGGACUCCGAACUAGGUUCCGACGCUGGCUCACCCUUCAGCAACCGCAGUCGCAGUCGCAGCGGGAGUCGCGAGCGAUCAGCCUCCGGCGAACCAGACUUUAUUCUCGCGGAGAUCACCAACGGCAACGCCGCCGAAGAGUCCAACGACGUGACUCUCGCCGAGCCCGAGAUCCCGCCGAAGCUGCUGACCCGGCUGCUACAUACGCACUUCCAGAACCCCAAGACCAAGAUCGCCAAGGACGCCAACGCUGUCGUCGCGAAAUACAUGGAUGUCUUUGUGAGGGAGGCGUUGGCGAGAGCGGCGUUUGAAAGAGCAGAGGUUAAUGGGGAGGGGGCGUCGUUUGCGGAUGGCUUUUUGGAGGUCGAAGAUCUCGAGAAGAUGGCGCCGCAGCUUGUGUUGGAUUUCUAA